AUGUAAAAAGGAUUAUUAACCCUCUUAGCUAUAACAUUAUUAGCUGGUACCACAUUGUUAAACACAACCACAACCAACGAAUCAAAUUCAUUCUUGGAAGAUGAAGUAAUGAAGGUCUAUCAAAAUUGGUAAAAAGAACACGGAAAGAGAUAUACUCAAUUCGAAAACUCACAUAGAUUUGGAAUAUUCAAGAAAAACUAUUAAUAUAUCCAAGAGCACCAAUAAAGAGUUGAGGCUGGUUUGGAAACCUUUGAACUUGGAUUGAAUGACUUCGCUGAUCUCUCAGUUGAAGAAUUCGAAGCUAAAUAUUUGAAAUACAGAUCCACCCCAAGAGAAUAAACCAACUAAGUCUAUAGAAGAACAGGAAAAUAAGUCCCAAUUGAAGUAGACUUAAGAAAGGACGGAGUUGUUAGUGAAGUAAAAAAUCAAGGAAGUUGCGGAUCAUGCUGGGCCUUCUCUGCAGUUGCUGCCUUAGAAACAGCCUUGAGAUAAGGAGGAGUCAAAAAUGUCGAAUUGUCUGAAUAAGAAUUAGUUGAUUGUGCAGUCAAAGACGAAUUUGAAAGUGAAGGAUGCGAUGGUGGUGAAAUGUAUGAUGGUUUCCAAUAUGCUUCCAAAUAUGGUAUUGCUAUCAGAUCAGAAUAUCCAUAUGCUGGAGUCGAUCAAAAAUGUGCUGCCAAAUAAACCAAAACCAGAUAUCAAUUUGCUGGUUAUGUUGAUGUUGAACCUCUCAGCGCUUAAGCCUACGUUGAAGCUGCUUCUGAACAUGCUCUCUCCAUCGGUAUCAAUGCCUCAGGAAUUAACUUCUAACUCUACAAGAAGGGUAUCUACAGUGCCAAAUGCGACGGAAGCAAACCAGCACUCAAUCACGGAGUUACCAAUGUUGGAUAUGCUCCAGAUUACUAUUUGAUCAAGAACUCAUGGGGACAAUCAUGGGGAGAAUCUGGUUAUAUUAGAUUCGCCAGAAUUGCCGAUAAAGCCGGAUAAUGUGGAGCUCAAUAAGAAGUCAACUUCCCAUUAUAUAAAGCAUCAGAAUCAGUUGUUUUUGAGUGA